UUGACCAAAACUAGCCUUUAUGCGCUUUGUAAAACACUCGCUCUAUUUCAGGCUAAAAAAAAAAAAAAAAAAAAAAAAAAUAAUGCAUGCGGAAUCGAAGCUCUUGCAAAGCUGGUGACGAAGAGGCGCCGCACGUACGGUACACAGUUCAAUUUAACGCAAGAAAAAAUAAAUUUGUUUCUGGAACUUGUAUCUUACGAUAAUGGACCCCUACUCGUUGAGUGUCGAGCGCGAGGCAUCAAAGAACAUAGAAGAAAACGAACGAGAGUGCUUCAAGGAUGCAAUCGUGUCGAGCCGGAGUCUCAACAAGGGAUACGUCGAGCCGACGCGAAUCAGGAACGCCAUACCAGAAAUCGUUAGCUGCAUCAUCGCCGCGACGUUCCACAUCGGGGUCGGCCUCAGCAUGGCGUAUUCGGCGAUUCUGGUGCCCAACUUGGAAAAAGAUUCCUCGGAAAUCCAUGCCACGGAAGAGGAGACGUCGUACAUUGGUUCGCACAUGCUCCAGUGGUUCUUCGCGGCGGUGGCUUUGGGAGCGGCAGGCUUCGUCUGGCUGAUGCUGCCCGAGACCCACGGUAAGAAGCUCUCCGAGAUCGAGGAGUACUUCCACAACAACCUGCUGGCCUGCGGGGCCGAGGCGAAGGCACGGAAGCGCCGGGCCAAGCGCCGCGCCCAGCAGAACAUCCAGGCGGCCGCUCUCCAGCCGCUCAAUCCCCCUAAAAUCGUACAAGUCGCUUGA